AUGGUGACAGUGCUCAACCCUAAGAAGAAGGCGUUCGGCUUCCAAAGCUUCAUUGACAAAAAACUGCUCCCAGACCAGGGAUUCCCAUACUACAUGGUGGGCAAUCUGAAAGCCCCAAGGUCUGAGAACUUGCCGGGUUAUGUCAGCGAAAACCACACAGGACACAAUGAUGACAGCAACAUAGACCGGAUUAUCAUCAGCCUGCAGUCAGACCUGGUGUUGGACAGGAUUUACGUGACCCAACAAUAUCAUCACAGAGGUGCUUUUUACCCCAAGCGCACCUAUUGCAUCAGUAAGGGGUUGGUCAGUAUCAUCAGUAAUCUGGAUCUGGAUGAACUCCUGGAGCAGGCUGGAUAUUCUCUUCCUUGCCCUUCCUCCAUUGACACGCUGAACGAAAUGAGAUACCUCCAGUCAUAUGGCUUUGGUAGACCCCGGCCAAGACAUGGCCUUCAUCUCCUUCACUGGUUCGCCCACGACUACGUCAAAUACAACAAAAUGGGUAAAAUGGUGACAGUGCGAAACCCAAAGAAGACGGUGUUUGGCUUCCACCGCUUCUUCGACAACAUAGAGGAGCUUGAUGGCCAAUGUAACCAACUGCUACCAAACCAGGAUUUACCGUACUACGAAGUGGGCAAUCUGAAUGCCCCAGGGUCUCAGAACCUACCGCGUUAUGUCUGCAAAAACUACACAGGACACAAUGACGACAGCAACAUAGACCGGAUCAUCAUCAGCCUCCAGUCAGACCUGGUGUUGGACAGGAUCUACGUGACCCAACAUGAUCAUCGCAGAGGUGCUUUUGACCCCCAGCGCACAUAUCGCAUCAGUAAGGGGUUGAUCAGUAUCAUCCGUAAUUUGGAGCUGGAUGAACUCCUGGAGAAAACUGGAUACUCUUAAGACUUUCCCCCCUGGCCAAGGGCAUCGUACACAUAAUUCCUUUUGAACCUAAUUUCUGAUGGUCAAAUUCAAGAUCUUUAAUUGUAUUAUUUAUUUUCUUACAAAUGUAUACUAGGCAUGGGUAUUACAUCAUGUCUUCGAUAUUCCCCAUCCAUUAUGCGUUGUAGAAAAUUGUGAAUGUUUUUAUUUUGAUAAAAGGCCUUGGUUUCAGGUGUUUCACAUCCUGCCAUGUUUUAUUUUUUAUUUUUCCCCAACAAUUUCACCUGCAAUAGUUAU